CAGGAUCCUGCCACCCUCUGACGUUCGCCCUUCGGUGGGGACCCUCCCAGGGAAUUCAAGGCUGGAAAAGGAUCCCUGCUUCCCUGUGAGCCAGGAUGAGCUCCGUGGCCAGCCCCGAGCCCCUGCCCGAGCCCCCCGGCCCCGGGCCCCGCUACCUGGGGAGCUUGGCUGAGGAGGAGCCCGAGUACCUGCGGGCACGGAGCACAGCCCCGGACCUGCGGCAGGACUUCAACAUGAUGGAGCAGAAGAAGAGGGUCACCAUGAUCCUGCAGAGCCCGUCUUUCAGGGAGGAGCUGGAGAGCCUCAUCCAGGAGCAGAUGAAGAAGGGGAACAACUCAUCCCACAUCUGGGCCCUGCGGCAGAUCGCUGACUUCAUGGCCACCACGUCCCCUGCCGUCCUCCCCACCUCCCCUAUGGGGCUGGCUUCUGUCACCCCCAUCAAUGACCUGCAUGGCCCCGAGGCCCCAGCACUGGCCAAGGGCGAGCGGCUGAUGCGCUGCAAGGUGGGCAGCAUCCAUCGGCUGCUGGACCUCUAUGGCUGGGCCCAGCUGGGACACGCAGCUGUCACCUUACGUGUCAGCAAGGAACAGGAGCAUUUCUUGGUGGCCCCACAGGGGUUGGCAUGCAGCGAGGUGACAGCGGCCAGCUUGAUCAAGGUGAACGUGCUGGGGGCCGUGGUGGAGCAGGGCAGCACCAGCUUCACCCCAGACACACGCAGCUUCAGCCUCCAUGCUGCCAUCUACGCCGCGCGCCCCGAUACCCGGUGCAUCAUCCACCUGCACACCCCGGCCACGGCUGCAGUAUCGGCCAUGCGCUGUGGGGUGCUGCCCAUCUCCAGGGCUGCGCUGCUGCUGGGGGAUGUCGCCUACUUUGACUUCCGAGGGGAGGUGGAGGAGGAAUCGGAUCGGGUCGAGCUCCAGAAAUGCCUUGGUCCUACCUGCAAGAUCCUGGUGCUGCGCAACCAUGGGGUGCUGGCGCUGGGGGAUACGGCUGAGGAGGCCUUCUACAGCAUCUUCCAUCUGCAGGCGGCCUGCGAGAUCCAGGUGUCGGCGCUGGCAAGCGCAGGGGGCACAGAGAACCUGAUCGUGCUGGAGCGCAGCAAGCACCGUGCACACGAUGUGGGCUCCGUGCGCUGGGCAGGCAGCACCUUCGGGCCCAUGCAGAAGAGCCGCUUGGGCGAGCACGAGUUCGAAGCCCUCAUGAGGAUGCUGGAUAACCUGGGUUACCGCACCGGGUACACCUACCGCUACCCACUGGUGCAGGAGAAGAGCAAACCCAAGAGCGAUGUGCUCAUCCCAGCCACUGUGACUGCCUUCGUGUUCGAGGAGGAGGCUGUGCCCGUGCCUGCGCUGCGGCAGCAUGCACAGAAGCAGCAGAAGGAGAAGACGCGAUGGCUCAAUACCCCCAACACAUACAUGAGGGUCAAUGUGGCCGAGGAGCAGCAGGGCAGUGCUGGCAGCCAGAAGACAAAGACCACGUGGCUGAAAGCAGACGAGGUGGAAAAGGGCAGCAGUGGGACCCCCAUCCGAAUCGAGAACCCCAACCAGUUCGUGCCCCUCUACACGGACCCACAGGAGGUGCUGGAGAUGAGGAACAAGAUCCGGGAGCAAAACCGCCAGGAUGUGAAGUCAGCCGGACCCCAAUCCCAGCUUCUGGCCAGUGUGAUCGCCGAGACCAGCCGCAGCCCUUCCACAGAGAGCCAUUUGGGAGAUGCGGAAGCCAAAGAAGCAUCCCGGGAUGAGGCCCCCCCGGAGCCGGAGCCCCCGAACCCCUUCAGCCAACUGACAGACCAGGAGCUGGAGGAGUACAAGCAGGAGGUGGAGAGGAAAAAGCUGCAGGCUCAAUGUCUCUGGGCAGGGGAGAAGGCUGCUGCGGCCGAGGAGAGCCAGGCUCCUCCUGCAUCCCCACCGCAGAUCCCGGCCCCGAUGCCUGCGGAGCCCUCGGAGGGUGACAAGAAGGAGGAUGGGGACCGAGCUCCGGCUGUGGAGAAGGAGCCGCCAGCGGUGGUGAAUGGGAAGGAGGAGGAGCAAAGCACCGAGGAAAGCAAAGCCGGGGAGAGGACAACGUCCCCGGCCAACACCGACACGGAUGCCCCGAAGGAGAAGGAGACGGUGACCAGCAGCCCCGUGUCCCCCGAUGGGUCCCCUUCCAAAUCACCCUCGAAGAAGAAGAAGAAAUUCCGGACCCCGUCGUUCCUGAAAAAAGGCAAAAAGAAGGAAAAGAUUGAAUCCUGAGUGUCCUCCGAAGCCUCCGGC